ACGUUGGGCCCGUUGCUUGCCCGAAAGAGUUUUCCACUUUCUGACUUGAAAACUCUUUAUUUAUAUGACAAUCCCCAGCUCACUGUUGGGUUUCCCACAACGAAAUGGAAUAGUAGUGCAUCUCUCAUGGAUUUAGUUCUCAGUGGUGUGAGUGGUGUGAAUUUUGCUGGUAGGAUACCUGAAUCAUUUAGCUAUUUAUCUUCAUUGCAAAUAUUGUGGUUGGGAUCUUCCAAUCUCACAGGGCCCUUUCCUAAACCCAUAUGGAAUCUCACCAACAUACAAUUGUUAUAUCUUGGGAGAAACAACUUGAAUGGCCAAAUUGAGUGCUUAUCUUGUAAUCAAAGCUUGACAAAACUUUGGUACUUAGAUUUUUCAUCCAAUUCCCUAACUGGUCUAAUACCUUCUUGUAUAUUCUCCCUUCCUUCACUAAUUUAUUUAGACUUGAGCAAUAAUAGUUUCACUGGCAAAAUUCCGGAUUUCAAGUCCAAAACAUUGGAUAGAAUUGUUUUAAAACACAAUCAGCUGCAAGGUCCUAUUCCAAAGCCACUCCUAAACCACCAGAGCCUAUCUUAUCUUCUCCUUUCUCAAAAUAAUCUCAGCGAACAGAUUGAUUCAACUAUCUGCAAUCUGAAAACAGUGAAAGUGCUAGAUCUGGGAAGUAAUAAUUUGGAGGGAUCAAUCCCCCAAUGUUUGGGUGAGAUGAGUGAGCUUUUGGUUUUGGAUUUAAGCAACAAUAGUCUAAGUGGAAUAAUUAAUACAACUUUUAGUAUUGGAAACACACUCAUGAUCAUUAAAUUGGAUAGGAAUAAGCUACAGGGGAAAGUGCCACGAUCUUUGAUCAAUUGCAAGCAUUUGGAACUCUUUGAUUUAGGUAACAAUGAGUUGAAUGACACAUUUCCAAAUUGGUUGGGAGCCCUACCUGAUUUGAAGAUUUUAAGUUUGAGAUCAAAUAAGUUGCAUGGCCCUAUAAAAGCAUCAAGGGCUGAAAACUUGUUUGCUCAAAUUCAAAUAAUAGAUCUCUCAUCCAAUGGAUUUAGUGGAGAAUUACCGGUGAGCCUUUUUGAGAAUUUCCAAGCUAUGAAAAGAGUUGAUGAGAACAGUGGAACCCGAGAGUAUGUAGCAACUUCUUUGAUAGUGACAACAAUGGGAUUGGAUUUUGAACUUCCUUAUAUUUUGACAACAAACAUAAUUAUCGAUCUCUCUAACAAUAAAUUUGGAGGUUACAUUCCAAGUAUUAUUGGAGAUCUCAUUGGGCUUCGUACGUUGAACUUAUCUCACAAUGGCUUGGAAGGUCAUAUACCAGCAUCACUACAGCAACUGUCUGUGCUUGAAUCACUGGAUCUCUCAUCUAACAAAAUUGGCGGAGAAAUUCCGCAACAACUUGCAUCCCUCACAUCACUUGAAGUCUUAAAUCUCUCUCACAAUCAUCUUGUUGGAUGCAUCCCCAAAGGAAAACAAUUUGAUACGUUUGAGAACAGUUCAUACGAAGGGAAUGAUGGAUUACGAGGUUUUGCACUCUCAACAGAUUGUGGUGGUGAUGAUGGGGUACCACAAGCGACAACUCCAGUUGAGCUAGAUCAAGGAGAAGGAGAUUCAGCAAUGAUCAGUUGGCAAGCAUUUCUCAUGGGUUAUGGUUGUGGUCUAAUUAUUGUAUUGUCUGUAAUAUACAUAAUGUUGGCAACCCAAAAUCCAGCAUGGUUUUCGAGGAUGGUCGAAGAAUUGGAAUAUAGAAUUAUUACGAGAAUGAAAAGACACAAGAAAAGAAAUUAGUGUGCUAGGUGUUCAACUUGAUUUCUAUCCUUCAAAAUGUUAUUUUUUUAUUAGAUUAUUAGCAGAGUUCAUGGCCUCAACUUGUACAAUUCAGCCUCAUUAUAAUUAGUUGAGUAAUUGGGCUAAAGGAUAAAGUCAGUUAAUAACUUAUUGAGGUUAUCUUGA